CGACAAUGAGUCUAAAUGGACUAUUUCCCAGAAGGCAUCAUCUUCACGCACGAUGUCACAAACACGUUCUCUUGGCGCUCCCCGAGGUUCUCAGUAGACGUUGGCGCCGCCGGGCCUUCAGCUGUGCCUGGAGAUGGCACAUAUACAAGCGAUGGUGACCAGCUCAAAGUCCAGGGAGUAGCUGGCCGUGGGGAAGCAGCUGGGGUUCUUCUUGAGCACCGGCAUCCUCAGGGACACGGGGAUGGUCUCCAGGCCGAAGGUCGUGUCCAGGCCCCGGCAGGAGUGGCCGGUGUGGCAGCUGGCCUCGUGGAUGACCUGCGGCACCCGGUUCAGGUCGAUGUUCUCCCUGGCUCGUGUACGAGUCGUAAGGGGCUGAACGGGGCGUGCUCUGUUCAUGAAUACUUGGGGAGCUUCCAGGGCCAGAGUGUUCGCUUCAAGAUGACGUCAGUGUGUGGUCACGUGAUGAGCCUGGACUUCAUCGGCGUGUACAACAACUGGGACAAGGUGGACCCUGCAGAGCUCUUCAGCAAGGCCCCCACGGAGAAGAAGGAGGCCAACCCCAAACUCAACAUGGUCAAGUUCCUCCAGGUGGAAGCCAGAGGCUGUGACUACGUGGUGCUGUGGCUGGACUGUGACAAGGAAGGAGAGAACAUCUGCUUUGAGGUUCUGGAUGCCGUCCAGCCCGUGAUGAACCAGGGCGGCGCCAGGGACCAGACGGUGUACCGCGCCAAGUUCAGCUCCAUCACCGACACCGACAUCUGGAACGCCAUGGCGUCCCUCGGGGAGCCCAACCGCAACGAGGCGCUGGCGGUGGACGCCCGGCAGGAGCUGGACCUGCGCAUCGGCUGCGCCUUCACCCGGUUCCAGACCAAGUACUUCCAGGGUAAGUACGGCAACCUGGACUCGUCCCUGAUCUCGUUCGGCCCGUGCCAGACCCCGACGCUGGGCUUCUGUGUGGAGCGCCACGACAAGAUCCAGUCCUUCAAACCGGAGACGUACUGGGUCCUGCAGGCCAAGGUGUUCAGAGGGAAGGACAGCCCGCUGACCCUGGACUGGACCCGGGUGAGGGUCUUCGACAGGGACGUGGGCCAGAUGUUCGUCAACCUGACCAAGACUUCCAGGGAGGCGAAGGUGGAGUCUGUGAGUAAGAAGGAGAAGGCCAAGCAGAGGCCUCAGGCCCUGAACACCGUGGAGAUGCUGAGGGUGGGCAGCUCCUCCUUAGGCAUGGGUCCCCAGCACACCAUGCAGAUUGCGGAGCGCCUGUACAUCCAGGGCUACAUCAGCUACCCGCGGACUGAAACUACCCACUACCCAGAGAACUUUGACCUGAAGGGGACCCUGAAGCUUCAGGCCAGCAACCCCAUGUGGGCAGAGGAGGUGAAGGCUCUGCUUUCGACUGGUUUAAACCGGCCCAGGAAAGGAGCCGACGUCGGGGACCAUCCGCCCAUCACUCCCAUGCGUGCCGCCUCCGAAGGGGAGCUGGGAAGUGAAGGCUGGCGGCUGUACGAAUACAUCACGCGGCACUUCAUUGCCACCGUCAGUGAGGACUGCAAAUACCUGCAGACCACCAUCGACUUCACCAUCGGCAAAGAGGCCUUCUCGUGUAGCGGCAAGACCUUGAUCUCGCCAGGCUUCACGGUGGUGAUGCCGUGGCAGGCCAUCCCUCUGGAGGAGGCCAUGCCCGUCUGUGAGCGCGGAGACACGUUCACGGUGGACGAGAUCAAGCUGGUGGAGAAGCAGACCAGCCCCCCGGACUACCUGACGGAGGCGGAGCUCAUCACCCUCAUGGAGAAACACGGCAUUGGUACAGACGCCAGCAUCCCGGUCCACAUCAACAACAUCUGCCAGAGGAACUAUGUGACCGUGGAGAAUGGACGCAAGUUGAAGCCAACCAACCUGGGCGUGGUCCUGGUGCACGGUUACUACAAGACAGACGCGGAGCUGGUGCUCCCCACCAUCCGCAGCGCGGUGGAGAAGCAGCUCACCCUCAUCUCUCUGGGGAAGGCCAACUUCCAGCAGGUGCUGCAGCACACGCUGGACAUCUUCAAGAGGAAGUUCCACUACUUCGUGGACUCCAUCCCCAGCAUGGACGAGCUGAUGGAAGUCUCCUUCUCCCCCAUCGCGGCCUCGGGGAAGCCGAUGUCUCGCUGUGGCAAGUGUCACCGCUUCAUGAAGUACAUCCAGACCAAGCCCAGCCGGCUGCACUGCUCCCACUGUGACGAGACGUACAGCCUCCCCCAGAACGGAGCCAUCAAGCUGUACAAGGAGCUGCGCUGCCCGCUGGACGACUUCGAGCUGCUGCUGUGGACGUCGGGGCCGCGGGGCAAGAGCUACCCGCUGUGCCCGUACUGCUUCAGCAACACGCCCUUCAGGGACAUGAAGAAAGGCAUGGGCUGCCAUGAGUGCACCCACCCGUCCUGCCAGCACGCGCUCAACGCGCUGGGCAUCGGGCAGUGUGUGGAGUGUGAGGGGGGGGUUCUGGUGCUGGACCCCACGUCUGGACCCAAGUGGAAGAUGGCGUGUAACAAGUGCAACGUGGUGGUUCACUUCUUUGAGCACGCUCACCGGGUUCAGGUGUCCCAGGACAGCUGUGAUGCGUGCGACGCCUCUCUGGUGGCGGUGGACUUCAAUAAGACUCGCUCUCCUCUCCCGGCGGGCGAGACGCAGCACACGGGUUGCGUGUUCUGCGACCCCGUGUUCCAGGACCUGGUGGAGCUCAAGCACGCCACCAUGUACCGGGGAGGGGGCGCCAGGCGGGGGGGGCGGGGCCGGGGGCGGGGCCGAGGACGCCGGGGGGGCAACAUCAAAAAACCUAAAGACAAGAUGGCCGCCUUGGCAGCUUACUUUGUGUAGUGUGUGUGUGUGUGUGUGUGUGAGGAGGCUCUGAGGCCUUCAGGUGCUGUUGCAAUAAAUGAUUCUCUCAAUGUC